AUGCGCCAUAAUCGCUUCAACGGUGUAAUAGGACAGUCUAGAACAAAUGUUGACUUCCCCAAUUUACACAUUCUUGAUUUGUCUUUCAACAAUUUCACUGGUGAGAUUCCAGCUUUGUUUCCAGAUAUUACUGUAAACAAGUCAACAUACAUGUACGCAGAAGUAGGCUAUAAAGUCAAUGGUUUUGAUGUUGGGCGGAGUGUUUCUUGCUCAAUCACAUUAGCAAUUAAAGGUUUGGAUUUGUACUAUUCGAAGAUUCUAGAAGGCUUUGCAGCGAUUGAUAUCUCAAGCAACAAAUUUGAAGGUUCUAUUCCAUCAUCCUUGGGGAACUUAAGGAAACUUGAAUCGUUGGACCUUUCGCAAAACAAGCUCUCAGGGCAGAUCCCCCAACAACUGACGCAGCUUUCAUUCCUUGAGAACGUUAAUGUGUCUCACAACAAUCUCACCGGUCCUAUACCGCAAGGUACCGAACUUACUUCCUUCAAUAGCUCUUCUUAUGAGGGAAAUCUUGGAUUGUGUGGAGAUCCAUUACCAAACAAAUGCGGAAAUCAAGAGGCCCCUCAACGGCCACCUUCAACUGAAGAAGAUAAUGGUUCAGGCUCAACUGGAAUGGUUGAAUUUGAUUUGAAAUUUGUUUUGGCUGGAAUUGGAAGUGGGUUUGUAGUGGGAGUUGUUCUCGCGGAUGUUGUGAUCACAAGAAGGCAGGAGUUGUUUCUUAGGGUCGUUGGAAUGGUGAGGCUAAUGAUAUGGAAAAAGUAGAGUGGGGGAUGCAGAAGUAUUGUUUGUUAUAAGUUCAUGCCUUUGGAGUUGUUUUCUUGUUUUUGCUUCUCCU